AUGUCGAGAGUGAGAUCCGAGCCGAUGAAGGUUGUUUUCAUAAACACACAGUACGUCCAGACAGAUGCUCGAAGCUUCAAGACGGUUGUUCAAGAACUCACCGGUAAAAACGCCAUCGUCGCUGAAGGUCCUUUCGAGUUCUCAGGCCAUGGUUACGGCAGCAAAGACUCGUCACCACAGUUUUCGGGAGGCGGAAGAGAAGCAGAAGGAGGUGUGGAGACGACGGAGUUCGAUAACUUUUUCAGGGAGAUGCCUCCGGUCGGCGAAUUGUACAAUCUAUGGUCAGAAAGCUGAGCUGUGGCCAGAAAGCCCAUUGGGCCUGUAUCAAAGCCCUAAUUUACUUAAUUAAGAGGCCUAUGUAAAACACCGAGUGAUCCUUUCUGUUUAAUGUAUAUAAAGAAAUGUUGUUCGUUUUUUUUC